AUUUUAGAUUUUGCUGAAGCCCUGAACUUAUUUUGUCUACCACAAUGUCUCAGUUUUGUCUUAAGUGGAACAAUCAUGUUUCAAAUAUGUUAACCAUGUUUGAAAGUUUGAAGUCUAUGGAAGACUUUGUUGAUGUGACUUUAGCUUGUGAAGGUCAUUUAAUUAAAGCUCACAAACUCAUUCUUUCUGCUGGAAGUAAGUUUUUUCAUAAUUUGUUUAUAACAAAUCCAUGUAAGCACCCUAUCAUUGUAUUGCAUGAUAUAAAAUAUAAUAUUCUUAAAGCAAUUAUUGAGUUUAUGUAUAAAGGCAAAAUUUAUGUAACUCAUGACCACUUACAAGUUUUGCUGAAAACUGCUAAGACGUUAGAUGUAAAAGGUCUUGCAGAAAUUUGUAAAGAUUCCAACAGGACUGAGAAUCCAGAUUCACAAGAGACUUCUCAUCCAUCUACUGCUAUGAGCUCUAUGACAGUGCCUCCAGAAUCACCACCUCCUUCACAUAAAAAAAAAAGAAUUCGUUUGCGAAAACGGUCAUUUGAUUCCACCUUCAGCAAUGAUGAAAUUGUUCCUAAAAUUGAAGAAGCUUCUUCUCCUGAGAGCCAGGAACCAAUUGAUUUUGUAUCAAACAUUGGAGAUUCAAGUAAUUUAUUGCCAAAUAAUAUAUUAACUAUUCCUAGACCUAUAAAGAGACUUAGCAGUUCCUCAUCAAAGCCAGUUUCUGUGCCAGUGUGUGAAGAACUGGAAGUAGAUCCAGUUACUGAUCAUGACUAUAAUGUGGAAUCUUUAAAGGAAGAACAGACAAGCUUAACAUCUGAACAGCUUGAAACAUCUUCAAAACAUUCAGGUGAACCAGUAAUACAUAACAUUUCAAGUUCAGAAUCUGUACCCAUCUCUGUUGUUCCUCCUUCAGACACUUUAAGUUCAGUGCAUAUCUUAGACCAGAAUGAUUCAGAAGUGUAUACUUCAGACUCAUAUUCCACAUGGAGUACACCUUCUGUGAAAUCUUUCCAUCGUUUGAAGAAGUCUGAUGGUCCUAUCAGAAAAAAAAGGCGACGUUGUGUAGGCUGCUAUAAACGUCAUCGUAUUCAACGAUCGUCUAAGGAUGCAGGAAAAAUUACAAAACAAGUAACGACGUAUUGUGACGACUGUCCAAAAAAGCCUUUCCUUUGUUUGAACUGUUUCAAUGAAAGUCACACAUGAAAAUAUUUACAGGAUAUGUUAUAUUUAUUAGACUCAUAUCAUUUUAGCACCAAAUGUACAACUGGUAAAAAAAUUGCAGUGGGAGACCAAAAGUCUGCACAGCCUAAGUUCUGAAGUUGCACAGAAUUUAGAGUUGUCUGGAUUUCAGGUCAUAAAUAAAAAAUUAUUUAAUUUAGAUUUUUUUUUUAAAAUGCUGGGGAGAGAAAGUAAAUAAAUAGGUUAAAAAAAACCAUAAAUUUUGUGACUUUUUAGUGGGGAAAUAAGUAUUAAAUAUGUUGAAAAUAAAAGUCAUAUAAAAAGUAUUUAUGUGCCAAAUAUUUAUUUACAGUAGUUUAUUUUAAAACUUAAGAAUGUUCUAGUUUGAGCCCAUUUUCCUUCAAAUUAUACAAGAAUCAUUAUUUUUGAAAAAGGCACACAGUUUUGUUGUUCUAAAUUCAUUUUCUUUUCACUAUGAUUUGUAGAAAAAUUGUAAAUUUAUUUAGAACCUGACAUUCUGAUAUGACCAAAAAAAAGUAUUUUCGGUUCUACUUGUAACAAAAAAAAAAAAAAAAAAAAAAAAAA